UCUUGUUAUAGAAUAUGUUUUAAUAUUCUCGACUUAAACUUUAUGAAGUUUAUGUUUAAACGUGUUAAAAUAAAAUGCUACUUUAAGGAAUGGUUUGAAGCUAACUGGGUUUGGUAUGAAUUUUAAAUUAUGAUAUUAUCUUUAUUAAAUCUUAUAUUGCUUUCUGCAAGUAUCUGUCGUUCAGAUGGACAUCCACAGUGUCUUGACUUUCGCCCACCUUUUAAGCCCAUAGAAAUUAACUUCUGCCAUGAAUACUCGCAAUUCGGUUGUUGUACUUCUUUAAAAGAUAAAUAUAUUGAACGCGAAUAUAAUUACAUAAUAAAGAACUUUAAUAGUAAUGCUUCUUGUUUUGACUCAAUCAAAGAUAUGCUAUGUUUAGAAUGUCAUCCUUACGCUGCACACAUUUUUGAUAUUGAGAUCCAAAGUACUCGAGCCGAGAAGAACUUUUUGUUUCCUGGUUUAUGCAAAAAUUUUUGUUAUGAGUUUUUUGAAAAUUGCCGUUCACUUCUCUCACAGAUUUAUCGAAACGAUGGUCUUACAAACUUUAUAAACAGCUCUUUAAACCUCAGUUUUUGUGAGUGGGCUCAAAUCUCCAAUUCAUACUGCUAUCCGAGUAUAAAGUUUCUUCCAAAUAAUACAGAGACGGAAACCUCAAAUGAUACAGUCUUUCUUUGCGUUGAAACAUCAAGAGAAAAUUACUUUAAUCCUCUAUUUGGCACACACUCAAAUGAUGGCUCUCAACGUUUAUUUAUAGUUGAACAGAGAGGAACAGUUUUCAUUGUUGACCAUAAUGGAAAGAAAUAUGAAAAACCAUUUCUAAAUAUAACAGAUAAAGUGUUGAAUUCGGGAUUAGCUUGGGAUGAACGAGGUCUUUUAUGUUUAGUUUUUCAUCCUUAUUAUAAAACCAACGGAAGGUUUUUUCUAUAUUACUCAGCAGAAAAAAAAAGUUACCCAAUAAGCAGUAACAAAUCAAAUGAUCAUGUUGUUCGAAUUAGCGAAUUUACAGUUGAUCCCUUAAACCCAAAUAUGGCUGAUCACAAUUCAGAGCUAGUUCUUCUCGAAAUAAACCAACCGGAAGAUAAUCAUAAUGGUGGUAUGAUGCUUUUUGGCGAUGAUGGUUAUCUUUAUAUAUCUGUUGGAGAUGGAGGAGGAAGAGGUGAUCAGCAUGGAGAAAUUGGAAAUGGAUUAAAUAUGUCAUCUUUUUUAGGAAAACUACUGCGUAUUGACGUUGACUCAGACAAUUUUCUUUAUUCUAUACCUGAAGAAAAUCCUUUCGUAAAUAACAGUAAUACUAAACCAGAAAUAUAUGCGUUUGGUAUUCGCAAUAGCUGGCGUUGUUCUAAAGAUCGUGAAACUUCACCACAGAAAAGUAAAAGCAGAGUUUUUCCUCAAAAGAUAUUUUGUGGAGAUGUUGGUCAAAAACAAGUUGAAGAAAUAAAUUUAAUUAAUAAAGGAGGAAAUUAUGGGUGGCGUGCAUUUGAAGGACACAUUUGCUUUGAUGAAAAACUUUGCUUUCAAAAACACGAAAACCUUAACUUCCCAAUUUUAUCUUACAAUCACAGUACUGGUCAAUCGAUUGUAGGCGGUUACGUUUACCGUGGUUGCGAAAAUCCUAGUUUAUAUGGAAAGUACUUAUACGCUGAUACAAUGAAUGGAAGAAUGUUUUUAGCAGAAGAAAAAAAAGGUGUCUGGGAAUCAAAAUCAAUUCUAAUGGCUAAUAAAAAUUUAUGUAACAACGGUUUACAUCAAAAUUAUUAUAAACAUAUUUUGUCUUUUGCUGAGAAUGAAGCUGGGGAAUUAUUUAUACUUGCGGUUAAGUAUCCGCAUCCUCUAAAAUCGUUUGGAAAAAUAUACAAACUUGUUGAUCCUUUAAAACGAGGAGAUCCUGAAACGUGCAUAAACAAACUCCAAAAACCAAUCCCGUUAAACACCAUAAACCGGAGAAAAAUAUAUGAAAAACAAAAACAAAACACCCAAUAAAAAGAAACCAUUAUCCAAACACGCAUUACGUAAUUUUAUUAAUCUGCCACGAAAAAGUAUUAAAGCUUUUAAAAAUAGUUUUAUAUUUUAGAGCUUUACUUGAAUAUGUAUUAUCGUAAUAUCGUAGCCCGUAAAAAUAGUUUUAUAUUAUA